AUGAGUACCGUUUCUCCCAUCGAAGGCCUUAGGGCGCGUAUGUCCAAGCAUAAUAUUGGCUAUUACUUAGUUCUCACCCAGGAUGAACACAAUUCCGAGUAUGUGGCCGAAGCAGACGAGCGCCGUGCGUUCAUCUCUGGUUUCACCGGCUCUGCAGGAACUGCUGUGAUCGGGCUAGACUCGGCUGAGCUUGCUACGGAUGGCCGCUACUACCUGCAAGCCGAGAAGCAGCUGCCUAGUGGGUGGUCGCUGCGUAAAGAAGGCUCACCCAAUGUUGAUCCGUGGUUCAAGGCGGUUGUUGACAAGGCGAAAGCCACGAGACAGAAUAUUGGUGUCGACCCGAAGCUCAUCCGUUACUCUAUUGUUGAGUCGAUCCAAGAGAAACUCGUUGGAUCUGGAAUCGAGCUCAAGGCUAUUCCGGAAAACCUUGUGGAUGCCGUUUGGACCGAUAAACCAGCUUUGCCAAAGGCUAAAGUGAUCAGCCUGGCCGAAAAAGUUACUGGCAAAAGCUUUGAAAAGAAACUUAGUGAAUUGCGGGAUGAACUUGAAAAGAAACAUGCCAAGGCUAUUCUGCUCACUGCUCUUGACGACAUCGCUUGGCUGUUCAACCUACGCGGUAGUGACAUUGACUAUAAUCCAGUUUUCAAGUCGUUUGCUCUGGUUAGCGAUCACUCAGUCACUUUGUACGUUGACGAGGCCAAAGUUGUUGACGUCAAAGACGCGAUCAAAAAUGUCGAGAUCAAGCCUUACAAUAACGUGCUCGAUGACGCCGAGGCACUUGCUGCUUCGGUUGCGACUAUUAACCAGAAGGCAAAGGAGGCUAGAAGCGCGGAGGCUGAGUUGAAGCUUUGGCUACCUGCUGGUUCCUCCUGGGCACUGGUGGAGGCUGCUGGCGGUAAAGCGCGUACGAUCAGUGAUACUUCACCGAUCACCAUCGCCAAAGCCAAGAAGAAUUGUACUGAAAUUGAUGGCCAGCGUUCAGCACAGUUGAAAUGUGGCCUUUCUGUUGUCCGGUACCUUGCUUGGGCUGACAACGAGCUUAAGAAUGGCAACACAUCGAUCUCGGAGUAUGAGGGUAGCCAGAAGCUUUUGGAAAUUCGCAAAAAGCUUGAUGAUUUCGUGGGUCCUUCUUUUGAAACCAUUUCAAGCGUAGGCCCUAACGCUGCUGUUAUUCACUACGCCCCGCAGCCCGAUUCCAAGCACUGUUUGUCUGUAAACGAGGUCCACUUACUCGACUCAGGGUGCCAGUUCACACAUGGAACUACCGAUACAACCCGUACAGUUCACUUUGGCAACCCCACGCCUGAAGAAAUCAAUGCCUACACCUUAGUUCUUAAAGGGCAUAUUGCUCUGGCCCGGGCUGUAUUCCCCGAGGGUACCAAUGGAUACCAACUCGACACGCUGGCUCGCCAGCACCUAUGGAGACAAGGCCUUGACUACCGUCAUGGUACUGGGCACGGCGUCGGAGCCUUUUUGAAUGUUCAUGAGGGACCAAUGGGUAUCGGAUCCAGCCCCUUGUAUACCCAGGUGCCCUUGGAGAUCGGACACUUGAUCUCCAAUGAACCUGGAUACUACGAGGACAACAAGUUUGGCAUUCGUAUUGAAAGUCUUGUUGUUGUUCGUCAGGCAUCCACACCCAACCAAUUCAACAAUAAAAAGUAUCUGGAAUUCGAGACGGUGACGUUGGUCCCCCUGGCUCGCAACCUCAUCGAUGUGUCACUUCUCGAUGAGAACGAGCGUGAGUGGAUCAAUUGCUAUCAUAGCAAGGUUGAAAAGGCGCUUUUGCCUCACCUCGACAGCCUAACUGCCGAGUAUGUCAAAAAGCACACUGCUGCCAUCUGA